UAUUACUCAAAAUAUUCUAUGUAUUACCGGGUAGGUCUAAGCUUGAGGUCUACCCAUCCAAGUGUCGUGGUGAUGUCCACAUUUUCGACUAACCAUCUUCCCAAUCCAACUGAGGAUCAAAUCACCCAAACCGUCAAAGUCUUUUACGAAGCAUUCAAUCGAAAGUUUUUCCUUGCUGCUCUCCAAGAUCCUACCCUGGUUGAGCCCCUCAUCAAAUCUUUGGUACGAGCAACCAUCGUUGGAGGUCAACUGCACGUGGUUGAUUCGCUCGCUGGAAUAGUGGGUGCCACAUUGUGCUUCGGUCCUGGACAGCGAUCACUUGGUAGUGAGGAACAAAAGCAACAAGGAUUCAACCAACUAAUGGAAAAAGUCAACAAAGAUGCAAGACGAUGGUUCACAGAGUAUUUUGUAGGUCUUUCCAAUUAUGGAGUAGUAGCGUCAACAUCCUUUUCCUGCGUACAGGUCACGAUAAUGCUCCACGACUCCGUUGACAGGGUACAUGGACCUGGUGUUCAAGAUCAAAAUUAUCAUAUACAAAUAUUUGGAGUUUUGCCUGAGUAUCAAGGGAAGGGCAUAGGAAAGACUCUUCUGCACCACAUUGAACAAAAAGCAAAGUCUGAGAAUGCAGAUGUCGUCCUUGAGACCAUUCAGCCACGGAAUGUUUCCAUUUACGAAAAGCUAGGAUAUGAGGUUCAAGGGACUACAGAAUUCUCCCACCUCGGAAUACCAGAACCGCUGAAGUGCUGGAUUCUACGCAAACGUCUGACGAGACCGGAAACAUUCGAAGUAAAGAGCUUUGAUAAAUUAGAAUUCAGUUAAACACAUCUUCGAUAACGAUUUAGCUGCGGUAAUCUCCAUUGAUUCUCACAUAUUCCUGUAACCUAGUAUCGAGCGACCUCUGCGUCAUCUCCUCCACCCAAGUCGACCAAAAUUUCAAAGUCUUCGAGCCUGAGAAUUUCGCUGGCACGCUCUUCAUCCACAUUUUCAGGUUCCCCGUUGACUAAAACUGGGAGAGGUGUAGAACCAUCAGAAGGAACGAAUGUGACACUGACUCGGUCAGGAUGCAAGGGUGCACUCAAAGGGGCCGCUCCGGUAGCCGACAGGACACGUCCCCAACUAGUAUAGAGAAUUAGAGAAUCAAGAGGAAACAGUUCAGCCACAUACUUAGCAUCCUCCCCGUAAAGAGCUGUCUUGACUAGCGCUGAUGUUGAAAUACGAGAGGCA